AUGGAAACUGAAUUACCGCCGGGCAGUUGUAACUCGACUGGACAUCUGUCCACUAUUGGAUGGCACAUGCCAGGUCGUAUGCACCAUUCGGCGAGCACGCCGGCGGGCGUGGACGGAGGCGCCCGCACGCCGCCCGCCACGCCCAAGAAGGGUGGCAAGAUGCUCGCCGUCAGAGUGCAGAUGUUGGAUGACUCAAUAUCAAUGUUCCAGAUACAGUCAAAGGCACACGGUAAAGUUCUGUUCGAUCAAGUCUGCAGGCAACUUCAUUUGUUGGAGGCUGAUUACUUCGGGCUUGAAUAUCAAGAUGCUAACGGGAUAAAGUACUGGCUGGACGUGGAGAAGCCGAUGUGCCGUCAGGUCGGUCUAUCAAUGCUGGAGCCGACCCUCCGCUUCUGCGUGAAGUUCUACACCCCGGACCCGGCGCGGCUCGAGGAGGAGUUCACCAGAUAUUUGUUCUGUCUCCAAGUGAAACGAGACCUGAUGCUUGGGUGCAUACAGUGUAAUGAGAACACAGCAGCGCUCAUGGCCAGCUACAUAGUACAAGCGGAGUGCGGAGAUUUUGUCCCCGAGGACUAUCCUGACCACACGUACCUCAGCGGGUACAAGUUCUUCCCCGGACAGGACGCAGACUCGGAGAGAAGAAUCAUGGAGAAUCAUAAGAAACAUAUCGGUCAAAGUCCUGCGGAGGCUGAUUUAAAUCUGUUAGAGACAGCGCGGAGGUGCGAAUUGUACGGUAUAAAGAUGCACUCAGCCAAGGACCACGAGGGCGUGCCGUUGAACCUGGCGGUGGCUCACAUGGGCAUCGCCGUGUUUCAGCACUGUACGCGCAUCAACACCUUCAGUUGGGCCAAGAUACGGAAGAUAUCCUUCAAGAGGAAGAGGUUCCUUAUCAAGCUGCAUCCUGAGGGAUAUGGCUACUUCCGAGACGUGGUGGAAUUUUUCUUCGAGAGUAGAAACGAGUGUAAGAAUUUUUGGAAGAAAUGCGUUGAGAACCACGGCUUCUUCAGAUGUACUAGCGUGCCGCGGCUGCCGCGACACAAGACACGCGUCAUGUCAAGAGGAUCGUCCUUUAGGUACAGCGGUAAAACACAGAAGCAAAUAGUGGAAUUCGUAAGGGAUAACUACGUGAAGCGGCAAACAUUCCAAAGGUCGGGGUCGUUCCGCGCGCGCUCGGCGGCCGGCUCGGGCUCGGGGCCGGCCACGCCCGCGCCGCUCGCCGCCGCGCUGUCCGCGCACCCGCUGCUGCCGCUGCCGCCCGGCUCGGACGCGAUUUCCCUGGAGUGGGACAAACAACCUCACUACCUGGAGGCCUCUCUGAUGAUGAAGGGCUACUCGGCGGAGGAGGCUCGUGUGGCGGCGCGCCGCGCCAGCGUUCGCCCACACCCACCAGCUACCGCCUUCACCUCCACGAGGGACAAACUAACAAAACUGUACUGCAAUCAAAUCGCGGGUCCAGAAGUAGUGACCCAUGCAGAGGUCAAUCAUCUUCCUAUGGAGGAUUCGCUUCCGCCUCAUCAGACGACGACGCCGUUGACAUCCCCGGAGAGUACCUGGAUGGCGGAUGCGGAGGAAGGUGGUCGCGCGCGCGCACCCACUCCGCCGCCUCGUGGGCCGCGCCCCUCGCCAGGUCAGACGGACGCUGCGCGCACGCACACACACACGCACACGCUCAUUCACACCCACACCCACACACGCACUGCCACGCGCAGCGCCGCCGCCUCCCCGCCCCCUAGCGUCUACCACACCUUCGAGUCGACCGAGCGGCUCGAGUUCGAGCUCUCGCAAACGAACAUAUACUCGGCAUGUCCGUCGACGCGCUCGUCGCGCUCCGCCGCCUCCUUGGUGCUGGAGGCGGACGAGCCUCCUCCGCCGCGGCGCCCGCUGUGGGGCCGCAGCGCUUCGUGCCGCAACCUCCGCGACUACAGCUUCGACGACGCGGGCCGCUGCAAGCGCCGCGCCCCCGACACCCGCAGUAUGCUGGCCGACCUCGACUCGUACUGUCCUGUGGGGCGGCGAGUCGACUCACCCGUCACUCGCUACGACGAUGCGCGCACGCUCGCCUUUGUUCUGGGCGUAUCCGGGUCGGCGGACGCUCGCCGGGACACACUCGGGCGCGCCUACUCGUCCAGCUUCCCGGGCGCCGCGGGCGAGCAGCGUCUCGACGGGCCGCCCUUUGCUCGCGGCCAGUCACAGGACGACUUGUCUCACGACAGCUACGAGCUGGUGGAGCGCUCGGACGACGAGUCCGAGAGGCGUCGUUACGUGCGCGUGCGCUCAUGUUCACAGUCGGCGGUGCGCACGCGCUCAUGCUCGUUGGACUCGGGCAACGAUCUGCCCUCCGACGAUGACCGUUCGCUGUCGCACCUCUCGGAGCCAGACGAUGCCGAUGCGGAUCUUAACAUUUCCGAUCUUAAAUAUAAGAGCGACAAUGAUCUGCCUUUAGAUCCGUUUCUUAUUGACGACCCGCGAAUUCUUCCGCGUGAAAAAUUAUCGGUUCGUUCGGAUGGUAAUUUUUACAAAGAGAUUAAACGUGCCCUGGGCUCGCGGACGUCGAGCCAGGAGUCUAAAAGUGAUAUUUACGACUCGAAACAUUCAAAAAGUAGCGCUGAGUCUAGUAAAAAAUCUCGUGAUAGCGUUUAUCACACAGAUAGCAAAAAAUCUCGUGAAACUCUUAAGAGUAAAAGUUCUGAUAGGUCCGGUUCGCGAACCUCGAGUCAAGACUCUAAGUCCGAUUAUUACGAUUGUAAAAAGAAUCUAUAUGAACCCGAUGACAUUAAUUUACGACGGCGUAGCGUUACAAGUAUUCAAAAUGCUUAUAUUGAUCCGUUUGAACCGAUAUCUCCAUCAUCCAGUCCUGAUUCUGAUAAAGAUGAUUAUUAUGACACACAACCAACAUUUAUCGGAAUGGAAAAACCUGAGUACAGAGAAAAAACAUUGUUUGACAAAUCCCAUGAGGAUUUAAUUGCUAAUUUAAUUACUGCCCCUAAUUAUUAUCACAUUCCGACCCCGUACUCAACAUUUCCCAGCAAUAAUAAACAUAAAGACUCUAUACCUAUUCACUCGGCCAGUUUGCAAAAUGUUGAACUUGAACAAUACGGGCAGUAUUCGGAUUCUAGUCCAAUAAAAAAAUCAGAAGAACUAUCGACGGAGGAAGAAGAUAUGCAUACACGUACUACACACAUAUGGCCAGAAAAAAUUGCUGGUCUAGAAACAGAAAUUGAUAAUAACAGAACGACUAAAGUUCUCAACUAUCAAAGGCGUCGUUCUUCAGAUACAAUUUUCAGUUUCGAUAAAGACAAAAUUGAAUCAUUGACUAGAUCGACAAGUAAAGAAAAUCCACCUUCCCAUCUUAUUAAGGAAUCAUCGAAUGAAUCCGAUGUUAAUGUUCGAGUUCUACCGGCAAUGGACAGCAUCGAGUAUGCUAAAAAUAGAGCUAAGGUUGCUGCAAUGCAAUCUGGGACAUCAUCAAUACUACAGUCUGAUUUUGACAAAUCAAUGCGUGGAAAAGUCCACACGCAUAUCGUGCGCAAAGAAAAUUUGAAAGAAGAAUUAAUGGCGAAAACACACUUUGAUGAAUACAAUCCAAAACUUAUUUUGGAUACCAGCUCUAGUAGCCGUCUCGCAGAUACAGCGGUCCCAUACAUUCAUCCUACCGUCGAACGAACCAAGAGUGACCCUAACAGUUUGGCUAAUAGGCCACGAUUUAGCAGCGUGAAUUCGAGACGACAUGUUCUUAUGCAUCAAAAAUCUAUUGACUUAACACCCGCUGAAUCUAGCGAUGAAGAUUACAUGUUCCGUCAAAUUCCAAGCGCUCCUCCUAUAGCUACAAAGCGCUCGCAUUUUGAGCUCCCGGCACGACAUUCUGAGGUAGUAAGGCCGUUAUUCGAUUUACCACAAAACUACUUUAAGGAGUUUGAUGCAAUGAAAGCAGGUUUUAAUGACAAUAAAACGGCUGUUGAAGAUAGUUAUGAUAUUCCUUACGUGUUACAUAAGAGACAUAUUAUGAAUGGCACUGCUCCCUCUCCAAUGGAGGAUAAAAGAGCGCCCCCUGAUAUAAUUACAAUGCCACCUCAAAAUGGUCGCCAUCUUGUAAAUGCCCACCCAAGAUGUAAAUAUCAUGAUCAUCCAAAAUCACCAAGAUCACCCAAGUCACCUAAGUCCCCCAAAUCACCGAAGUCUCCAAAGUCACCAAAAUCACCCAAGUCACCAAAAUCUCCAAAAUCACCCAAAUCUCCUAAAUCGCCCAGAAAUAGCAUUCAACCUGACCAUGCUCCAAAAUUCUUAGAGGUUGAAAACCGUGAUUUCUUAUUUACACAAAAUAUUGAUUUGUCUAAAGUUGAUCCAGUUACUUUGGAAAUCGAUAAAAGCGGAAAAUUACAACACCUACCAAGUCCGAAAAGAGAUAUCUCUAAAACGUUAGAUUCUGCGUUGCUUGAAACCUUGAACUCAAAAUUGAGUCAGAUUGAGAGCGACUCUGCUACUAGUUCAAAAACCGAUAGUAUGUUGCAGGAAAAACAGUAUACAUGUGGUCAUGACAUAAAGUUUGCCAUUAAUGGUCGUAAUAUACAACAAGCUCCCAUUUGCAAAGAUCCGAAACCGCUUACGGCUGCUGAGAAACUGCGUGCUGAUAUUAAGUCAAAGUCUGAAAAAAUGCCUCCAAAACGUGGACCUAAGGGUCGAGGGACAGGAAAGAAAUCCGUUAGUGGUAAAGUCAAAACUAAAAAUAAUAAUAAAAUUCGUAUAACAUCAUUCUCAUCGGACGAUGAGAGUGUUGAUUCAGACGACGUAUUUGGCACUACAGAAGCUGCCCCUAAGUUAGAAUUUUCUCCUCCGCAAUCAAGAAAGGAUUUAGAACCAAUAUUACAGCUUGAAUACGAUAAAAUUACUUCAGGAGCUUGGCAUCGCGGCCAAACUAUGAGUUCCACUGAAAUCGAAGGAUCUCCGCCUCAGUGUCGGAAGUUAGCCGAAUUGGAAGCAAAGUACAACCCUCAAAUUUUAGACAACGUAACCGGAACUGCUACUGAACUAAGAAGAAUAUCUGAAAGAUCGAUAUCCAUACCUAGUUCAGAAGACGAUAUAAUUCCAAAACCUCCUGAAAUAAAACAGAUAAGUAAAGAGAGUUCAACUUGGGAAUAUAAUGAAAACAUUCCUUCACCCAUUCUAGAGAGCACCGAGUUUCUAAAAUCUGACGAUGAACUUCUGGUUGACAUGGAAAUACAAAAGGUUACUGGAUUCCGAACCCAAUCUGAUGACAAAAGUGACCAAUUUGAGAAAAAGGAUCUUUCCAAACUAGAGGUUAAGAAGAGUUUACGCGAUGAAUUAAUUUCCCCUAUGCUGAGAAAAGCUGGAGGUACUCCUAUUCUUUUUGCUCAUGCUAGAUUAAAUCUUUCGGAAGGGUCAGUGUUUUCACUACAACGGCAAAAAGCUACUCAAGAUUCGCCUACAGCUAGCCGCAGAGCUAAAAGUCUGGAUACGCCUGUGAUACAACUGCAUAGACUACCACCGAUGAAUGCAUUUUCAUCGAAAGACGAUACAGUGGAAGACAUCAAUGAAGAGGGUGACAUUUUAGAAGAAAAACCACUGCUCGAUGAUAAAGUUUCUAAAAACGGUACUACUAUCAAGGAAAUAGAGAAAAUCGAAGAAGUUGAUGAGGAAAAUGCUACUGAAACUGGUCCUUCAAAGAAAGCAUUAAUAGAUAACGAAGAAAUGAAACUUUUAGAAGACUUAGUAGCGCAGCGAAGACCUCGUUCUUUCAAACGCCAAUAUGACUUAACUAAAAUAUUAUCGAAAGGUAAAUCACCGUCUAGAUCGCCCUUGAACAGAUCGCCUAUAUCUCGUUCACCACUGUCUAAAUCUCCCUCAAGAUCGCCAACAUCUUCACUAAACUCUCCACGAGGAAGUAUACGGAAACUAUCAGAUUUGAGUGAAGACCAAAUAGUUCCUGACAUUGAACGAAUAAAGAGAAAAGAAAAGAAGAAAUUAACUUUGAAACCGAAACUAGAGGAUAGACAAAGAGCUAGUAAGCUUAAUAAAGGGGGAUCUCUCGAUACAAACGCUACUACAGUAAGAUCAUUGCAAACUCAAAAGUCUCUACCAUCAUCCCUUAAAGAGAGACCAGAUUUCUUGACUGUACCACCGUUAGAUAUGGUUAGGGCCAAAAGUCAAGAAUUAGAUCAAACAAUUAAAAAGGGGUCAAAAGAAAAAUCGAAAUCAUUAGAGAAGAUGGAUGUAAGGCGUGGCAGCUCAAAAGAAAGAACUAAAUCUCAAGAAGAUAGUGAUACUGAAAUAGCUAAACGCAAGGAGAAACAGCAGAUGCUUUUUGAAGCAGCAUUAAAACAAACUAAAUCUCUUGUUAGUCCUGUCAAGGACACAUUGCCUCCUUUCCCAGCACCGGAGGAUAAAAUAUUGGUUAAAACCGAAGGAGAUAAAAUUAUUAUAGAAACGAAGAUUAACAGUAAGGUAGAAGACCAUGUCUUUAUUGCCAAAUCUCCAAAGAAACUUGAUAACAAGCUCGCGGGUAAAAUCAGUAGAAGCUUUGAAGAUCCUAAAAUUACCAAAAUUAAUACUAAAAUAACAAAAAGUAUGGAAGAUAAAACAAGUCAAUCAUUAGAAGAUGAUGACUUGGCGAGUUUGCAAAAAUCUCCAAAAACUUUGUCAAAGAAACAAGAAAUUAAACAACAAAUAGAAGGUAAAGUUGUUUAUCAGAAACCUUAUCCAAGUGGUAAAUCUAAAAGUCUCGAUCGAAAAGUUGAUCCCCACUUGGAUGCUAAAAUUAAAUCAAAAAGCUUAGACAGGAACUAUGUGACACCUGCUUCAACUGUUAAGGAGCCAACGUCGGAUAAACAUUUUAAACAAGAGGUUGUUACUGUAGACGUUCAUCCUACUGUUAAAGAAGAAAUUGAAUCGGAAGUACAAGAAUUAGAACCAAAAGAUGUGUCUCCUACACAUAGUUAUAAAGAGAAAACCGAGGAAGACUCGUCUAUUGAAUGGAUAACCAGUUCUCAAAAUACUGUUAUUGAAAAUGAUACUCAAACUAUAAUAUUGGAAAGAAGGAAAAUAGAAAUAUACAAUAAACAAAAACAAUCAGAACUUCAUGAACUGAAAGGUAAUCAGGAUCUUAGAAGUAUAGAUGAUACUAAAAAGCCAGAAGUAAAACGUCUCACGAGUGAAGAGGAGUCCUUAACGGAAGUUAGUGAGCUAAAAAUGUCAGAUGAAAGUAACAUGUUAGGUCUAUCUCUUCCAUUUAUAGAUGCUGAUAGUUCAUCAGAUCAAGAUCAAACAUCUAAAAGAGAAAAAAUAAUGAAGUUUAAAAGGGGAAAGAGUGAUGAUACAGCAUCAGGUAUGACGGUCGAUUACGAUGAAUAUACGAUGGAUACGGAUUUACAACUUUCUGAUACAUACAAAAGCAAAAAGGGUCUCGAAGCGCAAAGUACAUUUGAAGAGUCUUCGGCCAGUUUGGCUGAAUUUUUGAAGAAUGAGUCAAUGUCUCAAUUCGCUAUGGAUAACGAAACCGAAAAUAAUAUGAAAAUAAAGGAGUUCGCCAGAUCCGUAGAUCUUGGACUAAAGUUCAAAAAUAAGAAUAAAAUAAUAGUAACUCCGCCGCAAGAAAAUAGUCCUACUAUUGAAAAUAUACCAUUUAUUGAUUCAAGCACUUCUAGAUCUCUUCAUAAGUCAGAAUCGGGAGAACACACUGGUAGCUCUGGUAGUGCGAAUGACAUAUCUCCUACAGAUCAGAAAAAUGAACACAAAACACUCUUGACCGCAAAGUCGCGCCGUGGAGAAUUGUUAAAAUUAAGUGCAGAGCGUUCUCGGAGUUCCGAAUCUACAUCAUGGACCAGCAUUGAGAAGGACGCAAGUCCAUCAAGUACUAAUAUUAAAGGUAGUUCUAUUGAUGAUGAGUCAAGUGUCAGUUGUUCAAUUGCUAGACCCCUAGGUAUUUCACAGGACAUAGAAAAAUUAAACAAAAAAGACCGAGAAUGUCUCGAAGAACUAAAACAAGCUAUGGAAUAUGGAGAAGAACAUUUACUAUCUCAUCAUACUUUGUCUAGCGAGCAUUCAAAAUCAAAUUCUAAAUCUCCUUCACCAGUAAAUGAAAUAGGUCGUAUAGAAAGUCCACGCAGCCCGUCGAAAUUUGGUACCAGAAAAUCGCCCACACCCACUUUAGAAAAACAAGGGCCAGUAGACUCACAAAAGGCUCCUUCAGAUUCAGAUUCUAGCUCGGAAAGUAUUGACAAGACAGUUGAGCAAUUGUCAAAACCGAAUUUAAGAAAGGUUGCUUUGGAUAAAAUAGGAAAGUGUGUUGUCGAGGAAUCUGAAUCUAGCCAAUCAGCAGGUUCGAAGGCUUCUGAACUGAAAAAUGAUUUGCAAAAGACAGUUAAAAAGACUAAAAUAGCCAUUACAAUAUCACAGGAAGAUCAAAAUAUGACUGUUGAUUUUGAUGAUGACGGUAAUGUUAUUACUUCUUCAUUUGAAAGGGAACUUAAACUUAAAAAGAGAGCAUUGAAAGACGUUGAUCAAAAAAGCUCUUCUAAAUCGAGCAUGGAUACUACGACAACCACGACUCCAUCAAAGGGAUCCCUUAGUGUUGAUGAUUCGUCUUCCAGAAGGAAAGCACGGCUCGACGAACAGAAAAGCUCCUCAAAAUCAAGUAUGGAUUCUAGGGGUUCAUUAAGCGUAGAAUCAAGGGGAUCUUUUGAAACAACUGAAUCGACAUCAGGAUCCCUUGGAGAAGCUUAUAGGCGAGGCGAGGAGCUAAAACCGACAUGGAGACCAUUUUUUGGGGCUUCUGGUAGUGAAAAUAGUACUAGUAUAGAAGAAGCUUGGAUUCCUCAAGAUCAUGAAGGCUACGAAAGCUUAACCGUCAAUAAAGAUGCUUUUGAGUAUGGUAAUCAAAGAAUACUCGAUGAUUUCCAAUCGUUUUCAAAAAAUCCUCCUUUGUCUUCAAAUACUUCCAAAGAUUCUACGGAAGCUGAUUUUACGGAUGAUCUUAACGAUUUUCCUGUGAAUUUUCUAUAUCCUGCAACAUCAUCAACUACCUCUGACGUUGUUAUCGGUUAUGGGCAAAACUUUGGCCGUACUCUAUCUCGUAUAUCCGAGCGUAGUACUGCAUCUGAAAAGACUAGUGCUGAUGAAGACUCUACUAAAGCUUGUUCACGUUCGGAAAGUAUAAACGAAGAGUCUUUAAAUUCUAGUGAUCAUCAAGCAAGUCUUAGUUCCGAUCCUCCGAGUAAUGCGAAUGUUGCCUAUAUAUCUGACACAGAUAGAAGAACAUCGGCUGAAAUGCCAGAUAUUCCAAUAGAUCAAACAAAAAUAAAGGACAUGUAUUCAGAAUCUCGGAAAGAUACUGAGCGAAGUAGCAGUAAGAAAGUAUGUGAAGUUGUAGAUUCUAAAAAAACAGAAGUAGCUUUGAAAUCAGAUGAUGGUAACUUUUUGGUCCCAUUUAGACAGUCAUCAGCUAGUGAAAGUCAGGAUUCCGAAGAUUGGCCAUUACCUGAAUUGCCGCCUCAAGGUAAACAGGUAACGCCAGAAGUUUUAAGACAACGAUCUAGCGACAUCGAUGAAAUUCAUUCCUUGAAUUCUGCGACAUUGGACACACCAAUAGUUGAAAAGGUUCAUAUUUAUUACAUGAGUAAUGAACCAGAACAAGCGAUGAAGGUCACGAUUCAAUCGGAAAGCUCUAAGGACCACCUUGGAUCGGAUGACGACAGUGACACUCUGAAUAAUGACGAUGAGUUAGAAAAAGAUAUUCCAGAGUCAAAAUCAGAAAAAUCUUUAGAACAAAGCUUGGACCUUUCACAGAAAAGUUCUAAAGUUAUUCCUUACGAUGAAUCAAGCUACAUGGUCGAACCUUUGGAUAACAAUGAUGAAUUUACAUGUCUAAAUAAAGGUGUUGUACCUAAUUAUAAUAAGUCUUGUCUUGGUGGGACAAUUAGUAAAGCAACGUGUUUGAUGGGCGAUAUCGGUACUUGUUGUUCUAGAACGGAAAAUAAAUCGUUCAGUGCAAAAAGCAAUUUGGAAGAAAAAGUUAUAAUUAGCCAACCUCAAAAGUCUCCAACUAACCAUAGUCCAAUAUAUGAUGAUGAUCAUUUGUAUGUAGACGAUGUGUUUGGUGGAGACAGUAAGUCUCUUUCACCAGAUUUCGACAAAGGUUUGUCUCAAAUAGGAACCCAGAAGUUUUCUUUUGGUUCUAAUAAUUCGGAUACGUCGAUUGAUGAUAUCUUGUCGCAAACCAAUAUUGAGGAUACAGUCAAAGUUGUGACUAAACUUAGUGUUACAAGCUCUGCACCCUGCAAAAAAUGCAGCCAUAGCAGUCAUUCCGAAGAAGAAACUAGUUCUUUUGGUACAGACUUAGAUGGUACAGUAAAAAUUGGUUUGCCUCAAAAAAAGUGCACUCAUAGCUCACAUUCAGAAGAUACUUCUAUUUGUUUAAGUAUUUCCGAGUGGUCAACAGGUACAAAUACUGUUCGGCAAUAUGGUAAUCUCUCUGCCUCUGAAAGCAUUUCAGCUGUCUCUAUACCAAAAAGUGAAAAAUCCGAUAAAACAUCUGCGAAAAAAUAUUCUGCAUCACAAUCGAGCAAAAAAUCUGAACCAAUAUCAAAAAUACAUUCAAAAAUUGAAGCUGGCUCAAAAAGUAGUAGCCUCGAUAAAAGUUCUGAAAAUAUUAAGUAUGAUAAGCUUUGCAGUUCUGAAACUACGGUCUCAAGAAAAGGAAUAGACAGUAGUUCUGGAACCAAGAGUGAUAGCACACUUACACUUGCACAGUCCAUAUCUGAUUGGUCUGCUAGUACAAGUCAUACCCUUGUUGCUACUGCAAAAGAGGAUCAAUUAGAAGAAGAUAACUCAAAAUCAGAUAAAACCGUAGUUAAAGAGCCAUCGCUUACUGUAGAAAGUUGUGAUUCUGAUAAGACAAACCCAGCAACUUUUAUACAAUCUGAUGAAAAGCCUGCUGAUGAUAAAUCCACGGAACCCGUACUGAGGUUAACU